UUUUUUUUUUUUUUUUUUUUUUAGUUCCCUCUUUCCUUUCUUCUUGGCGCACGGAACAAGGACAACAACUCACCAGUUCUCGGUAGCGCACUUUUCAGGGUCGAGAAACAGCACAGCAAAAAUAAAUAAAAUAAAGAAGAAAGGAAUCCGCCAUUCAUGGGAAACGGAACGAGCAGGGAUCAGGAUGACUUCUUUAACAAUGAAGUCAACUUGCUGCAGUUUCAUAUGCUGAGAGUAGUCGGCAAAGGAUCCUUUGGCAAGGUCCGCAUGGUCAAACGACGGGAAACAGGCAAAAUGUACGCCCUCAAGUAUAUCUCGAAAGAGCAGGUCAUUAAAAUGGACGCCGUACGGAAUAUCAUUAGGGAGCGGCAAAUCCUUGAGUCUGUCGAUCAUGCCUUUGUCGUCAACAUGCGGUUUGCUUUUCAGGACGACGAGUACAUGUACAUGUGCAUGGACCUUAUGAUGGGAGGGGACCUUAGGUUUCAUAUGAAUAGGAGGUCGUUUGGCGAGGAUGUCGUCCGGUUUUGGAUUGCAGAGAUCAGUUCGGCUGUGAAUCAUCUCCACACUCUUGGGAUCGUACAUCGAGACAUCAAGCCCGAUAACAUUCUUCUAGACGAGAAGGGACAUGCCCAUAUCACGGACUUCAACAUUAGCUGCAAACUUACGCCCGAGAAACCAGUCUUAACAUCACAAUCGGGAACGAUGGCCUAUAUGGCGCCAGAGGUAUUUAAGGGGACAGGAUAUGGAACAAGCGUAGAUUGGUGGGCACUCGGGGUGAUUUUUUACGAGUGCAUUUAUAACCAGCGGCCGUUCCUGACGGAGAGCGUUGGGGAGCUGAAGAGGGCGAUUCCGAACCAGACGAUCGAGUAUCCAGCUAAAGAUGGCAUCUCACGAGAGUGUGUCAUGACCAUUCAAGGUUUCUUGACGAGGGAUCCCACGGAACGUUUGGGAUCCAAGGGAGGAAUGGACGGAAUUCGAUACCAACCGUUUUUUAAAACGGCGGCACAUGAGACCCAGAUAAGCCCGGAGCAGUGGUGGUAUCUACUGGAGACUAAGCAACUCAUACCCAAAUUUCAACCACCGUCCGAGGCAGCCAACUUUGACGCAACCUACGAUCUAGAAGAACUACUCUUGGAUGAGGAUCCACUUACAUACAGGUCGACACGGAAACGAGCCGAGAGACUGCAGAAGGAGAGGGAUCAGGCCAUUAAGGAGGAGAAUGCGCGACUUAAAGCCGAACACGAGGCAGCUGUGAUGGCAGCGCUCGCCGCAGAGGCGGCCAUGGAAGAGAUGAACAAGAAAUUGGAGGAGAGCAUGCGAAAGAUUCGAAUAUCUUCGUCUUCGACACGUUCUGCAGCACCGGCACAACAGGAUUCGGCAACGGCCGUGAGCAAGAGGAAAUCAAGGCUGCAGUUAUUUGGGGGCGAUAAUAACGACAGCGGCGGCGACGGGCAGCCCAUGGUGCAGACACAGCCACCACCGAUACCCCAGCCCCAGCCUCAGAAUCACCAUACGCUUUCGCAACUCGCUCGACAGACACAGUUUCAAUCCAUACCCCUGUCGCCAAUCGAUUCAACAGGCGCACAUAGCGAGUUCCCGAUACCCCCGGUUCCAUCGUUACGGUUCCCAUCAUCGCCGCCUAAAGAAGAUUAUCGGUGGCCGCUGCGGGAUCAGUCACCACUGCACACGGCACAGGAUAGGCAAGGCCCUUCAUUAUCUCGGCCGCUGGAUUCAAGUCCUCCGCCGGAACACCAUCCAUCUUCAUAUUAUCAUCGUCCGACAAAUCCUUCGAGACCACCUUUGCCGACAUCUGUGCUGACACAGGAAGCGAAUGGAAGUACAGUGAACGGAUAUACAUACUCGGCCAGUGCUGAUGCCACAGGCGGGGCAUCCGUUCCGGGUGUCACUGCGGUGUAUCUCUCGAAACCCACCGUACCUCCUUCGAGAGUUCCAGCCAAGAAGCGAUACGACGAAGAGAAUGCUGAUCAAGCAAACUACCAAGGAGAAGAGUCUGGGCAGUCAACCAGAGAUAUCGUCCCAUUGUCAGCAACGAUCCGACGACAGCCAUCGCAAGAACAUGUUAUUGUCCAUCAGAAUCAACAUCCGUUCCAGGCAGCACACCCUCAAAUGGCAAUAACUUCUCCGGUGAUCAUCCCCACGCCCCUAGACCAUUCGAUCUCGCGACAGAAACAUAUCCCGACACAACAACCGCAGCCGCAACCGGUUCUUCGGCACCAGACUUCGCAACAGAUGCUGCGACGGCCAACAGCACCGACCCCAGCACCGGCUUUGAAUAUUGCAGCGGCGGCGGCAGAGAUGGCGGGUAUGUCCGAGAAGGGCAAGUUCGAGUACCAGAUGGAGCUGAUUGAUAGGGAGUUUACGACGUUUGAUUAUACGGUGUACGAGAGUUAUCAUGGACUUGUCGAUCCUGUCACGAUGUCUGUCGGCAACCCGCCCGAGUGGGUGCGUUCUCGCGAUUGAAGACAAAAAAAAAAAAACGCGUC